GAUCAGCUUGACGUCCAAGGUAUUGAUCGAACUGAGAGCGCCGCUUCACUCCGCCGCCAUCCCCUCCCUCCUAUCAGUUUCAAACCCACCUCAUGUCGACCGGGCGGAGAGUGAUAAAGAACCAGUCUUUAACGGUGCUCUUGCGCCGCCUCUCACCCUCCCGCCAUGCCUCCGCCGCCGCCGCCGCCGCCGCAAGCGCAGCCCCCGCGACGGCUGGCGACGGCGGCCGCAGCGGCCACCACGGCGAGGAUCACUGCCUACGCUCCCUGGCUGCCUCCCAGACGGCCUCCGACGCCCUCCUCGCCUUCCGCUCCCUCGACCCUUCCCUCCGCCGCACCCCCCUCUGCAACGACCUUCUCCGCUCCCUCCUCCGCUCCGGCGAACCCGGCCACCGAGCCGAAGCCUUGGCCCUCCUCCGCCACAUGCUCCGUCCGGAUUCCACUUGCCGACCCGACCGCAUCACCUGUUCGAUAUUAUUCUCCAAUCUCUCCAAACGAAGCCAGCCGGUGGAGGACGAAUCUCUUCACUUCGUUGUCCAGAUGGCCGUGAUGGGAAUUUUUCGAUCCGAUGCCUUCCGAUUCACAGAACUCGUCAACAAGCUCUGCUACGGCGGCGGCACAGCCAGGGCUUGGGAUUUUGUUCGCGCUGUGAAGGACGCCGGUGGUGCCAUCGAGACCCCGGUGUGCAAUGCUCUCCUGGCCGGCCUCGCCCGAGACCGGGAAUUCCAAAAGAUGAAUCUACUCUUCUCCGAGAUGAAGGAUAUGGGCGUUCGCCCCAAUGUUGUCACUUUUGGGAUCCUUAUCAAUCAUCUGGUCAAGUCCCGCCGCGUGGAUGAGGCACUGCAGGUGCUCGACGUAAUGACAAGGCCUGACUCGGAGGUGAGCCCCGAUACGGUCACCUUCAACACCAUCAUCGAUGGGCUCUGCAAGGUCGGCAGGCCGGAUGAUGCGAUGGCACUGCUUGACCGGAUGAGCAUCCGACAUGGGUGUAGCGCCAAUACUGUCACGUAUAAUAGCCUUAUUGAUGGUCUCUGCAAGGCCGGCGAGAUGGACAUGGCACAUGAAUUGGUGGCCCGAAUGGAGCGAGAAGGCGUUCCUCCCAGUGUGGUCACGCUGAACACUCUUGUGUCUGGGAUGUGCCGGCAUGGCAGGCUUGGCAGUGCCCUUGACUUCUUUCGACAGAAGCGUCACACUUGGGCCGAUGUCAGAGGCAAUGCCGUCACUUAUAGCACUCUGAUUAGUGCUUUCCUCCAUUCAAACAAUGUGGGCAAAGCCAUGGAUUUGUUUGAUGAGAUGGUUAGCGAGGGACAUUCUCCAGAUUCGGUUGUAUAUUUUACGCUGAUAUCUGGAUUGAGCCAGGUUGGCAGGUUGGAGGAUGCAUGCUCUGUCGCAUCAUCCAUGAAAAAGAAUGGCUUCCAACUUGAUACCAAAAGCUACAAUAUUUUGAUUAGUGGGUUCUGUAAGAAGAAGAAGCUAGAUAAGGCGUGUGAGGUGCUCCGGGAAAUGCAGGAGGCUGGACUUAGACCUGAUGUCUUCACUUACAACACCUUGAUUGCCGCUUCAUGCAAAGCCGGGGAUUUUCCAACUGUGGGUCAGUUGUUGAACAAGAUGGUCGAUGAUGGCUGCAAGCCCUCUGUGGUCACUUACGGCACCCUAAUCCAUGGUUACUGCAAGGCUGGCAAUCUUGAUGAGGCCUCGAAGAUUUUUCAGAACAUGGAUGCUGCUGGAGUGCCCCCAAACACUGUGAUAUACAACAGUCUUAUUGAUUCUCUCUGCAAGGAUAGGAAGAUUGAUAUUGCAAUUUCUCUUAUGGAUGAGAUGCAAAAGAAAGGCGUACCUCCUGAUGUUAUAACGUAUAAUGCCAUGCUUAAGGGUCUUCGUGACAGGAAUAUGUCGGAUGAAGCCUUUCAGCUGAUGGAUCGAAUGAGACAAGAAGGAUGCAAUCCUGAUUACGUAACUAUGGAUAUUCUUACAGAAUGGUUAUCAGCUAUAGGUGAGAUGGAGAGGCUGAGACGUUUUGUGAAUGGGAAGGGGGUUGAUAUCUCACAAAAAUAGUCUUGACCAGAAGCGGUCCUCCACUUUUAUAGAGCAUAGGUACUUUGGAGGUUGUUUUCAUUGAACUGAGCUCAUCUGUCAUGGAAAACAGAGAAACAAUUUCUACCAUGGAUGAGCAUGUGUGUGAGGGAGAGAGAUGCUAUGGAGUAUGUCUAUUAUGAUAAGCUCCCACUGGUCGCAGAUGGGCUUAAGAGCAUAACUGGUUUUCGUUUUUGUAUUUAAGGAUUGUCUGUUUUUAUGGUUGACCACAAGUAUCUGCAGCUGAGGCCACCUGCCGGCUGCAGAGGCUACCUGAAAUCUUAUGAUUUCAUCUUUAGCAGAUACAGUGUCCAAGUUCCACGAGGUGGACGAGAAAUUUGGAUACUCAAAUUUCAGCAUUUUUUCUUGGUAUGAGGUCCCCUGGCCUGUAAGUGAUUUCAGGCAUGUUCCAUUUUGGGGAGAUGAGCUUUUGCAAUUCCACUUAUAGUUCAGUUAUGUUACAUAUUGCAUGGGAUACUGGCCUAUGGUAAUUGCCGUCUGAAAGAGUACCAUGACCUCAGUUUCUCUUCCGGAUCUGUUAGAAUCUCCAAGGAAGGAACCAUGGGGCAGAUGUAGAGGUUGAAGUCUCAUUAACUAUGUGAUUCUUAUCCGAUCUCUUUCACUUUAUGGUAAGUCAGACCCAAAUGAUACAGAAGCAACUGGAUUAAUGUUCUCUGGAUGUUGCUUCAGUUGUGCUGAAGGAAGAAUGCUCUUUGGUGCAGAGACAGAGAAUGGCUUAUCAGGCUUUCACUGAAAUAUGCUGUUGACUUGUACUGUAACAAAACUAUAUUUGUUGCUUGUGGAGUAGAUUAAGAUUUGAAACUAAAGUAUAUUGCUUUUUUCCUAGAAUUUUCAUAUUAUCUUUACCAAUUGUGUAUAUACUGUCAAGUGCUAUUUGUGCUACCGAAUACCAGGAAUUUAAGUUGCCUGCCUGAUGAUUUAGUGAUA